AUGAUAGGCUUCUCUGUCAGAUACGUUCUCUGUCAAUAUUCCGAAUAUAUCAUUGGAGAACUGAUUACUAUUGGAAAUGUAAAAGAAGUUGAGAGCAAUGGAAGUAAAAGAAAAUUACUGGAGCUUGAACUCCAAAAUAGCAAUUUGUGGGGUGAUUACGCUGUUCAAGUUUCGCAGUAUGUACAGAAAGAUAAUUCAAAAAUUAUUAUAAUGGUGAUUCAGCUUGCAAAGAUAAAACCAUAUGGAGGCUCUUCGUCUCAACAACUUAGUCAGAUUCCAACUAAAAAAGCUUAUUCCAUCGAGGAUGAUUUUUUGUUAUUAACUGAACGGAAGACACUUGAUGAAAUUCGAGAGGCACGAGAGGUUUGGACAUGUGUGACAUUAUCAACUAUAGAGAAAAUUCAAACAGAUUACAAUUGGUUUUACAAUGCCUACAAAAAAUGUCAGAGGAAGGUAAAUGCUGAAAAUGGUAAAUUUUGGUGUGAGAAGUGCAAUGAAAACGCAAGAUUUGUUAUCCCAAGGUACAGGGUUCAGGUUUUAGUUAUUGACCAUACAUGUACUACAUCAUUUGUUCUAUUUGAUCGUGAAGCUAAACAAGUUAUUCACAAAUCUGCAGUCGAAUUGAGGGAACGACUGAGAAAAGAAGGUGAUGAUGAUUCAUUUCCUCAAGAGUUAGAUGUGUUGGUGAAAAAGAAAUUUCUGUUCAAGAUACAAGUUUCAGAAUUCAAUCUUAAUCAAAAUUAG